CAAAAAUGUCUCUGCUUUCGGCCCGUUUAGCUGCCUCCGUGGCGAGGAAUUUGCCUAAAAAUGUUACCCAGGUAUUGUAAUACUUCUUUGUGUAACCGACUGUAUCUUAUAGUGUUUAUAAUGUGUUAUUGCUGUUUUUGUGGUCGCGGGGGUAGCUUUCCCAGCCGUCUCAGUAGCUGCACGUAAACUGCAUGUCUCUGCACCAAACAAUGGCGCUGAAAUCUCCUCCAUACUGGAGGAACGUAUCCUGGGAGCUGCGCCCAAGGCUGAUCUUGAUGAGACUGGCAGGGUACUCAGCAUUGGUGAUGGUAUCGCUCGCGUCUAUGGGUUGAAGAACAUCCAGGCUGAUGAGAUGGUGGAAUUCUCAUCUGGAUUGAAGGGUAUGGCCUUGAACUUGGAGCCUGACAAUGUGGGUGUGGUAGUAUUUGGUAAUGACAAACUGAUCAAGGAAGGAGAUAUUGUCAAGAGAACUGGUGCCAUUGUAGAUGUUCCUGUUGGUGAUGAGAUCUUGGGACGUGUAGUAGAUGCUUUAGGUAACCCAAUUGAUGGCAAAGGUCCAUUGAACACCAAGCAGCGUUUCAGGGUAGGCAUCAAGGCACCUGGUAUUAUCCCUCGUAUCUCGGUGAGGGAGCCCAUGCAGUCCGGUAUCAAGGCCGUGGAUUCUCUGGUGCCAAUCGGUCGUGGACAGCGUGAGUUGAUCAUUGGCGAUCGUCAAACUGGAAAAACUGCUUUGGCCAUCGACACGAUCAUCAACCAGAAACGUUUCAAUGACGGCGACGACGAAAAGAAGAAGCUGUACUGUAUCUACGUGGCCAUCGGCCAGAAGCGUUCCACAGUCGCCCAGAUCCUGAAGCGACUCUCCGACACCGGCGCCAUGAAGUACACCAUCAUCGUGUCUGCCACCGCCUCCGAUGCCGCCCCCCUGCAGUAUCUCGCACCAUACUCUGGCUGUGCUAUGGGCGAGUACUUUAGGGAUAACGGCAAGCACGCGUUGAUCAUCUAUGACGACUUGUCCAAGCAGGCCGUCGCCUACCGUCAGAUGUCCCUGUUGCUGCGUCGUCCCCCAGGUCGUGAGGCCUACCCUGGUGACGUAUUCUACCUCCACUCCCGUCUGCUGGAGAGAGCCGCCAAGAUGUCCGACGCUCACGGAGGAGGUUCCUUGACCGCCCUGCCCGUCAUCGAGACACAGGCCGGUGAUGUGUCAGCUUACAUUCCCACCAAUGUCAUUUCCAUCACUGACGGACAGAUCUUCUUGGAAACUGAGUUGUUCUACAAGGGUAUCCGACCAGCUAUCAACGUAGGUUUGAGUGUAUCCAGAGUAGGAUCUGCUGCCCAAACCAAGGCCAUGAAACAGGUGGCCGGUUCCAUGAAACUGGAAUUGGCCCAAUAUCGUGAGGUAGCCGCUUUCGCCCAGUUCGGUUCCGACUUGGACGCUGCCACCCAACAGCUGUUGAAUAGAGGUGUGCGUCUCACUGAGCUACUGAAGCAGGGACAGUAUGUGCCGAUGGCCAUUGAAGAGCAAGUCGCCGUCAUCUACUGCGGUGUCAGGGGACAUCUGGACAAACUGGACCCCUCCAAGAUCACCGUUUUCGAGAAGCAGUUCUCUGAACACAUGAAGGCGAGCCACCAAGACAUCUUGACCAGCAUCGCGAAAGAGGGUAAGAUCACAGAUGACACAGACGCGAAAUUAAAGAAGAUCGUACAAGAAUUCAUCGCCAACUUCUCUGGUUAAGUGAACGCGUCAGUCAUUACCACAAUUCUUAAUCGAUGUGAGAUUUCCAUUUUGAUUUGCAUACUAGCUACAUUUGUGGCACCACGAACGAUUGCAAGAAUGCUGUGCAUUUUGUUGUUGCAUCGAUUGAGAAUUCAAAAUGAAAUAUUUAAUUAUUAGAUAUAGGAGUAUGUUAUUUGUAAAAUUUAAAUACAUGGUUAACAUGUUAGGAGAAAACGAGGAUUUUACAUCGGUCUUUGGAAACAACUUGUACAGCAUUUGUUUUUAUUAUUUUAUUUGUAACAAAAAUCUAAUUAAUAAAUUUUUUUUGUUAUGAGAAUUCGUCUUUAC